AUGAAGCCACAGGAAGGAUCGUGUGACCCAAUGCAGCCCUUCCUACGGCGGCUCCCCAAGGACUUGCCGCUUGGCGUUGCACGCUUGCUAGCGCUUGUGCUCGUAGAAAUCUUCGCCAUAGUGGCUGGCGGCCUGUGUCUCAAGAUUUGGACCAAGCACCAUAAAUGGCAGGUGUUGCUUAACGAACAUCUACCAACGGGAGUUUCAGCCACACUUGAAUACAACGAUGUCAAAACUACGUCCAUUGUCCUUUUUGUUACGACCCACCUUGUCACCGUCGUCGUCGGGAAAUCUUUGCUGCUCAUUGUGCAUGACAUAUUUGGCAUAUUGCCCAAGUUUGUGCUGCGAAGACUUCCAAAUGUCGGAGAACCGCUGUCGAGCUAUACUCUGCCGCACCAAGCAACAGCUCUCUUCUUCAGCGUUGUGUUCCUUUUCAUCGCAGCUGCAUUCCACAUGAAUGUCGUAUUCAAUCGCAGUGGGACGGUAGCUUUCGGCCAUGGGUCAACAGAGCUUCCUUCGUCAGACCUGGACCUUAUUUUGAGGGAACUAGGUAUCUCAUUGCCGUACAAAGAUGUCGAAUAUAUUCGUGUGUCGGGAGAACUGGCCCCUCCUGCCGUGCUUUUUGGAAUAAUUGCGGUCGUAGUGACCAUUGUCGCCUGGCACAGACACAGGAAGGUGGAUGCUGGACUAGUUGAAUCAGAGAUCGAGAAAAACAUUGUGGUAGAUAUAAUUGGCAACUCGUGA